AUGCCUCUCAAACUUGAACAUUUACUCCUUAAUGACACCGAUAGGAAAUCAAUAUUUGCAGCAGAGGAUAGUGUAACACCGGAUGAAAAGGAAGUGUGCGAUGAUGUCGUUCUCUUAUGGAAACAGGAGCCAUCCAGCGAAGAAUUGGAUAUUUCCAAGCUUUAUGCUAAAAUUAAAGCUAGAAAUCAACAGUGGGCCCUUCCCGAAGAGCGCUUCAAAACAAUUUUGGCAAAUCACAACUUGUAUAGUACAGAUUCUUCGCAACUAUUCACGUACGCGGAUCAAGUGACUUCGCUAGAAACGCCCGAUCUUCCUGAUAAGGUGUUAAAAAAAGGCGAAGUGCGUUACGGUUCCAGAGGCAAAUCAUUAUAUGCCAAAGUCCAUCUCAAACAAGGCGAACUAAUCUUCUCUGAACAUGAUCCUUUGACUCCCAUACCGCCUUUAGAUAAAACGGCUCUUGCAGAGAAAGGAAGAUCCUGUUCUCUAUGUGGGCUUUCGCUAACCCAGAGCUCUCACUUCACGAUUAUGAACGGUUUAGACUGCCAAAACUGCUCCGCAGUGUGGUGUUCUAAGUCAUGCAAAAAAAUUGAUACUACUCAUCCAUAUCUAAAGCAUCCCAUGUCAAAGAAUAAGAAAAUUGAUGGCGGCGGUUGGUUGAAAUUUGAGGCCUUCUGCAAAGAACAAGUGAUUACUUCUGCAUAUUCCGUGGGGCUAAUAUACGCUAGAGUGCUAGUUGAAAGAGGUGACGGGCAGCGAAUUUGGAGUCGAUUCAAGUCAUUAGCUCAGGUUAGCCAGAAGCUACGAAUAAAGGCAGCUGAUUCCAGCAAUAUAGGAGGAACUUUUGAUGCUUCCAAUGGCUCCCCUCUAGUUGAAAGCAGAUCGACAUGGGAGAGAUGCUUCGAUCUUUUUUGUGGAGCUUUCCCAACUGUAGAGUCGGAAGGCAUCGAUCUUGAUACAUUCUUGACGUAUAUCGGAAAGUUCAAUAUAAAUCAGCUGUCAGGCCAGCUUUAUACGAUAUAUUCACAUCUGAACCACAAUUGUGAACCUAAUGUUCGUUACGAGAUAGACAGCAAAAUGGGUUUGAAGGUAUUCGCAAGGAAGAGUAUUGACGCAGGACAAGAACUUCUAACUACUUACGUAAAUCCUCUGCAUGGAGUUAUGUUGAGAAGAAGAGAGCUACGCGUUAAUUGGGGCUUCUUGUGCGAUUGUAAUCGAUGCAUUAAUGAUCUGGAGAAGAGAAAGGUCUCAGGACCAUCAGUACAUUUGACCAUACCUAGCAGUUGCGUGAAUACGCAGCGUAGAAAAUCCUCUUUAAAAGCAGCUAGGCCCGAUCUGUCUGAACUUUUAAAAAACGGCCAGGAAUUUGACUUGGAAAUUCCUAAUAACAUAGGUGUUACUUCGAGAAGAAAAUCUGUCCGAUUUGAUGAUAAAGUUAUGGCUGCAGUUGAAGAAUAA